ACGAAAUCAAGCAGGGAAGCGUUUCUACUGUCGAGUUUUGCUAACAGAGUAGAGCUCUAACGUUUAAUUUUAACAACUAUUAGCUUUGGCUUUGAAUUAAUGGUAAGGCUCUUGUUCAAAAAGCAGUCUCUUAAUCUGUCAUCUUGUAGCGUAGCAAACUCAGGGAGAAGCUUACUAACAAGCCUCAGUCUUACCGGCUUUGACAGUCCCACGGACAAGUUUUUACUUCCUUUUAUUUGUUUUUAUCUCUGUUUGCUCUCUGAAAGCAGUAUGAGUUACGCUUAUGGUGGCGGAGGCGGGAGGAGAGGGAGAAGAGGCGGACGAGGGCACAGAGAUGGAAGUAGAGAAAGAUGGGAGAGAGGCGGUAGAGGAGGAUGGAGAAAUAACAGCUCCGACUUUAACCCAGACCGAGGAGGAGGAGGAGGAGGAGGACAAAAGGAGCGUCCUCCUCCGCACCUGAAGGGCCGGGAGAUUGGGCUGUGGUACGCCCGAUAUGGAGCCGUGAGGAGGAAACAGGCUGACCGGAGAUCGAGGGCGGUGGUACAGAUGGAUGAAGCAAGAGAGCAGCACAUAACCAGGCUGCUAAACUCCGUCCAGAAUGAUCAGCAUGGUCAAGGGAGAGAUAGCAGAGAUGCAGUAGCUUCUUCUUCGAGCAACUGGCAGACUACUCCCAGCAGUAGUAGUGGUCAUUGUUACUUUGACGGGGAUGUACCUGAAGAGGAAAAACUAAAGAUUGAGAUCAAAUCUGAAGAAGAGGAGGAAGAAAUUGCUGAAGGCCAGAGGACAGCCACUUUCAGAGGACAACGGUACUUCUCCCAUGCAGUUACUAAAGAUGAACCUCCAGAUAAUUGGGAUGAUGAAGAGCAGCAGCAGGCAGUCAAGGAGGAGAAAAAGAUACUGAAAAAAGAAGAUAAGGACCUGGAGUUCUUAUUUCAGGAUGUAGUCAGAGACAAUUCUUUAGACCACUGCCUUAUAGAGGAUUUAAAGAGGAAGAUGUCAGAUCCAAAGUACAAAGACAUGUUGAAAUUCAGAGAAAAACUUCCAUCUUAUGGGAAAAAAGAGGAGCUGGUGAAGCUGAUCAAUUCAAACCGUGUCCUGGUGGUGAGUGGGGAAACAGGGUGCGGAAAGACAACUCAGGUCACUCAGUUCAUCCUUGACGAUCAUAUAAAAAGAGGAAUGGGCUCAAUGUGUCGUGUGGUCUGCACACAGCCUCGUCGCAUCAGUGCCAUCUCGGUAGCAGAGCGAGUGUCUGCAGAGAGGGCAGAAUGUGUAGGAAAUGGAAACUCUUGUGGAUACCAAAUCCGUUUGCAGAGAGAGUUACCACGGAGACAAGGUUCAAUCCUGUACUGUACAACAGGAAUUAUUCUUCAGUGGCUUCGCUCAGACCCAUUAUUGUCCAGUAUCAGCCACCUGGUGCUGGACGAGAUCCAUGAGAGAAACCUGCAAUCUGAUGUGCUGCUCAUCAUUGUGAAAGACCUACUCAGCCUGAGAGAAGACCUGAAGGUGGUUCUCAUGAGUGCCACUCUCAACGCAGAGAAGUUUUCUAGAUAUUUUGACAACUGUCCAAUGAUCCACAUCCCUGGCUUGACGUUCCCUGUGGAAGAGUUCCUACUGGAGGAUGUUUUGGAGAUGACUGGGUACCGGCCUCAGACAAAGGACCAUCGCCCAGCGUGGAAGAGACGCUUCUGGCAGGGGCACAGCUCAAGACCUGAAAAGGAGGAGAAGGAGCUUGAAUAUCAGGAGAGCUGGCCAGCUUAUGAACACACAUUGCAGUGCAGAUACUCUGAGAGCACCAUUCGUGCUGUGGAGAUGUUGGACAAUGAUGAUAAAAUCGACCUGGGACUGAUUGUGGCGCUAAUUCGUCAUAUUGUGCUCAAUGAUGAGGAAGGAGCAAUCUUGGUCUUCCUGCCUGGCUGGGACAACAUCAGCAGUCUAAAUGACCUGCUCAUGGCUGAGCGGAUGUUCCAAUCAGACCAGUUCGUUAUCAUCCCUCUGCACUCCCUCAUGCCAACCGUUAAUCAGACGCAGGUGUUCAAAAAGCCUCCUCCAGGUGUUAGAAAGAUUGUGAUUGCUACCAAUAUAGCUGAGACCAGCAUCACCAUCGAUGACGUUGUCUAUGUGAUAGACGGAGGCAAGAUUAAGGAGACCAACUUUGAUACCAACAACAACAUCAAAACCAUGGCGGCAGAGUGGGUGAGCCUUGCCAACGCCAAACAGAGGAAAGGACGUGCCGGCAGAGUGUGUCCAGGGAAGUGCUAUCAUCUUUACAAUGGACUGAGGGCCAGCCUGCUGGAUGCCUAUCAAUUACCUGAAAUUAUGAGGACGCCACUGGAGGAGCUCUGUCUGCAGAUCAAGAUAUUGAAGCUCGGCUCCAUAGCUCGAUUCUUGGCAAAAGCCCUCGACCCUCCCACUGAGAUGGGAGUACUUCUUGCCAUCAAAAACCUCAAAGACCUGAACGCCCUGGAUUAUGAGGAAAACCUGACAGCUCUGGGUUUCCACCUGGCCCAUUUACCUGUGGAGCCCCACAUUGGGAAACUCAUCCUGUUUGGAGCUCUGCUGGGCUGCCUCAAUCCCGUCCUCACCAUUGCUGCUUCACUCAGCUUCAAAGACCCUUUCUUCAUCCCCCUGGGUAAAGAGAAGAUGGCAGACAUGAAGAGAAAGGUAUUAUCCAGGAACUCCAAGAGUGACCAUCUCACUAUAGUUAACGCUUUUCAGGGCUGGGAGGAAGCCAAACGACGAGGUGCCAGGUGUGAGAGGGACUAUUGCUGGGACAACUUCCUGUCUGCCAAUACACUCCAGAUGCUGCACAACAUGAAGGGUCAGUUUGCUGAGCACCUUAUGCAUGCAGGCUUUGUCAGCAGUUCAAACCCCAAAGACCCCAAAUCCAACGUCAACUCAGAUAACAAUAAGUUAAUCAAAGCAGUGAUUGUUGCCGGUCUCUACCCAAAGGUGGCCAUGAUCAAACCAUCACACAGCAAAAAGAGACCAGGUGCGAAGGUGUACACUCAGGCUGAUGGAAAAGUGUGUAUCCACCCGAAAUCUGUCAACGCUGAAGAGACUGAGUUCAACUACACGUGGCUCAUCUACCACCUGAAGAUGAGAACAAGCAGUAUCUUCCUGUAUGAUUGCACUGAGGUGUCCCCGUUCUCCCUACUAUUCUUUGGAGGAAACAUCACGAUCCAGAAGGACCAGGACCAGGAGACCGUCGCUGUGGACGAGUGGAUCGUCUUCAGAUCACCGGCUCGCAUCGCUCACCUUGUAAAGAGUUUAAAGACAGAGCUGGAUUCCCUGCUGGAGGAGAAAAUACGUAACCCUGCUCCUGUGGACUGGCAGAACCGUCAAUCCAAGGACUGUGCUGUCAUCACAGCCAUCAUUGACCUCAUCACCACACAGGAGAAGCCAUCAGGCGGCACUAAAGGAUACGACAGACCGUGGGCGUCUGCCCCGCGAGGACAACAUUCUUACUUUAAUGAUGACGAUGCUGAUGAUGACGAUGAUUAUUGAUGCCAAACACGGGAUUAAAGUAAUCUGGAAAAUACUCUGCACUUGAAUGACUCCCAAUCUUGUUUUUUUUCCUAUCUGGUCAGUAUUUGCAAGGACCAAACAAUGUUAGAAAACUGUAGCCAUGUUCCUUUUUUAAGAUCCAGUGAUGUAACUUAACAGCCUGUACAAUAAAUAAAAGAUGUUCAGAGGGUCGUCUCA